AUGGGCAAUGUCCAAUCAGAAGCCACCCAAGAAUCAGAGUCCGCCAAAGACGGGGAGGAGAAAGCCCACCCGGACCUGAGCAAGUCAGAGCGGGAGUCGAGUGGAACCAAACAUGAUCCGGGAAGCCGGUCCCCUGGUCCUCAGGCCCCUGAACGGAAAGUGGUCAGCCAGACCCUGAGCAGCGAACCAGGAGGAGGGGACAGACCGACCGGCACGGCAGAGAUGGGGAAGAAUCAUUCCAAAAAAUCCAAGCUGAAGCUCUCCUCCAUGUGGGCCCAGAACUCGGCCAGUGGUGGGAUGAAGGAGGCCAGCCUUUGUGACAAGGACCUAGGGGCAGAGAAGUGGGGGCUGGCUUGUCUGAGCAGGGCUGACCUCCAGAGCGGGCAGGGUCUCCAAGAGGAGCCCAAAGGCCUGAAGAUGGCUCUCAGGUCCUCUCCGGCAGCCGCCACCCACCCUGACCCCCGAGAUUUGAGUGCUAAGAAGGCGCCGAGUAAAGGGAAGGGCAAGCCAGAAAAUGCCCAUCUUGCCAAGGGCACAGGGGGAACGCCACUUCCGCCUGGGAAAAUGGCAGAGGUGAGCCAGGGAGGAGACACACCCAAGGUGGUGGUGGAAACCCAGGUGUGUUGGACUCAGCACAUUAAGACUAGCAGUAAGGAAGGCUUGGAUGACGAGGACUGGCAGCCAGAGCCUCUCCCUUCAGCGAAGAAACAGGCGGGGGGGUCGACGCAUGGCGCGGAGGCUCUGAAGGCGAGCGAGGACCCCUUGGGGGGCCCGGGCUCUAGGUCCCUGAAUGAGAAGAACGUGUGCAGGCCGGCUCCUUCUGGCUGCAUCGCUCCACCUGGCGUGAAGAAGGUCCCACUGUCGUGGGGGGCCAGCCAGAGGGAGAAGGAGCAGACCGGGCAGCCGGACAACGCCCCUGGGAGCGACGGUGACUUCCGAGGGCCAGCUGGUGCUGCUCAGCUGUCGGUGGACUGGGCCAAUGCCUGCAACGGCCCCCCAGAAAAGCUCCAAGCCGCAGGAAGCCACGCCAAGGUGGGGGCCAAGAGCGAGGCUCCAGGACCGGAGGCCGUCAACUCGGAGACGAUGCAGGAAUUGUUGGAGAAAGGGCUCAACUUCCUCUACAAAGUGACCAUCCAGCCGGGACAGUGGCCCCCCAGCAUCAAGGCGGUCAAGCAGAAGUCCAGCGUCAUUUCCUCUGGCAUCUCCUAUGCCGACGUCCUGAAGCAGUGUCCCCAGAAGAAGUCCCCCGCCAGCGCCCCCGUCUUGCCCAAAGCCCUGCAGCACCUCAGCUCGACGGGCAAGAAGCUGCCUUCCUUCAAAGGGCUGGACCGGAGCAACUCGGACGAAUUCUCGUCCCUCAGCCAACUGUUCCUGGAGCAUUUGAAAAAAGUGGCCCCCAAAGAACCCGCCCCCUCCACUCCCACCCAGCAGGUGGUCACCUUCUUUGAGGAACUGUCCACCGGCAAUCCCAAGCGGGCCGAGUGGCAAAGACCCCGGCCCCCGACUCCGUACCCUCAGCGUCGUAAAGGCCAGGGUAGGAAGCUCCCCAAGUUCGGCACGGCUGUGUCCCAAGUGGUCGCCUUCCUGGGCAGCGACCCGAAAUGCGACUGGUUUGUGCAUGACGAAAGCGAGAUGCUGCUGGACGAGGCUGCGGGGGCCGGGGAAGAAGGCGCUGACGACUGCGCCGACCCGCCCGGCAUUGGGGGCAAAGGGGCCGAAGCGGCGGGGGCCUCCCCAAUGGUUACCACCCUCUUGCUGGAGCAAGCCAAUGUGGCGUGAAUCGAUGGGAGCACCCCAAGAUCCUGCAGGAAGCUCCAAGGUCUGGAAGAAGGGGCGAAGGAAAGGUCCCCCGCGAAGUGCGCCCCGUCCAGUGCUGCCCAGCACAUCGUCUCUCCGCUGGCAGAAGAUCCGGCCCCCGUGCAGUUCCUAGGUCCAGGGCAGCCUUCUCCCCAGAAGACCCCGGAGGUCCCACCGAGCCCUUCCAUCUCGGCCCCGGCGUGCGCUUCGGUGGGACCAGGGGCAGACCCGAAGGGGCCAGCUCUGACUCAAACAAGGCCCAAGAUCCGCAAGCAAAGCCUCGCCGCUCCCAAAUCGAAGGAGAAAUUAAAACCUUCGGGGCAGCCGAAAGUGAAAGCCUCCAAGGGGAAAGGAGCAAAGCCGUGGCCCCGAGCGUAUGGAAUGAACUCCCAGCUGCGGUUAGACGGCGUCCCUCUUUUUCCUCCGUUCGAAAAGGUGGCCAGACCGUUUUAUUUCGGGGAGCCUUUGGAACUGUCCCUUCCUCUGGACAAGCCCACCAGCCUUGACCAGGACGCCUCCUCCACCCAGCCCAGUGCCGAGGAAGAUCCAGAGGCUGACCGAUCCCAUGCCCGCCACUGGCCAGCUUUCCAGGUGGCCGAUUCGUGCCCCAGAACAUGCUACUGCAAACAUCAGGACCAGAGGAAGCUGCCCAAGAACGUUGUGGCUUGGCUCAACCCCUCUGCCAACCACUUGACAGAGCCUCCCUGGGUUGCUACUGCCAUGCUGGCCGUCUCCUUGGUUGCCGGGACCAAGUUCUGCCUGGAUUCUUACAAACAGCAACACAUCGCCAACGAGGACUGAAUGGCUUCUCCAGGCUUCCUGCUCAAUAAACCUUGUACACCACCAGGCUGGGCCCUUGGCUUUGCUCGUGUAUUACGGUGUGCUGCAAUUUGCCAGGAGCUGUCCCGGGAAACGUUCGGGCUGAAGCAGAGCUCUCAGCCAAUGCCCUGAGAAAAAACCUCUCUGCUGCUUUGUCUUCUGGGUGCCACAGAAGCCAGAUCAGAACAAGCGUUUCUUCUCCCUCCGCUCACCAGCAUCUCCUCUUCAGCUGGUCACCUUCGUGGGUCUUGGCUAAUACAUAGGAUCAAGCAAGCAAAUCCCAUAAGGGAGAAGGAAGAGGACUGUCCUAUCCAUGGGGAUGGGGAUGGGGAUGGAGCAGGCUUCUGGGAUCUCAUUUGGUUGUUCACUAGAGCCCCAAGGUCAGCCAACCAAAGCUGGUAUGAAAGCCACGUGCACUGAAUGGAGGCACUCCAAAUCUAGUCAUUUGUUCUAGGUAGCAGUCCAGGCUGGAUUCAGACACCAGACAUCAAUGUCUGCUGGCUUGAGGGGAAACAGCCAUUGUGGCUUAUCAGCUGCGGUUGAACAAAAUAUGGGUUCCCUUUGGAGAACCAGGCCCAAGUAGGGAUACAAAGGGGCGGUGUGGAAAGGAGGGGGUUCAUGUCCAAACUACCCUCUGCAACCUAGGACCUUCCCAGUGCACUAGGCUACAGUUCCCAGACAGCCUAGCCAGUGGUCAUGCGACAUGAACAGUCUGAGAUUUUAGUUCAAGGCAGCUGGAGGCCCAGGCUGGAAAUAAUCAGGUAAUAAUCAGGUCAGCCAGUUUGCCACCUCCCACCGUAGUCAUGUUGGGUUUUUCUUACAACAGCUAUGCUGGGCUCAAACAUCACGUUAAGCCAGAAGGUGGCUUGGCUGAUCCAGGCUUACUUUGAUGUAGGAUCCAAGACCACUGUGGCUUUUUCCACAGCUAUGGGGAAGCAAACCAUGGCAUAGCAAUAAUAUAGAUAAUCAUGUUUAUAAGAAGAAGCUGUAUUUAACCUAUAACUAUUCCAUUAAGGGAGUUCCACAAAGAAAGCAAACACGAUCCUAAAUUUUAAAAAAAAUCUGAUCACAAUUCUUCGGAGAGCUAUUUAAUUCAGUCCUGAUCAGACAACAGAAGAACUCUUCUUUCUGGUAAAACUGGAGGAUCCUGCAGACCAGUGUUUCUCAACCUUGGCAACUUUAAAUUGAAGUCCACCCAUCUUAAAGCUGCUGAGGUUGAGAAACACUGCUGCGGAUAGUCACGACCACGAGCAAAUGUGAAGUUGGCCCUGAUACUUGGAGGCCGCUUGUAAAAAGGAGUUUCCACCCUCCCUUUGCAGUCAAAAAAGCCCAAGACCAUCAGCUUCUCUUCCAUGCUCAGAGGACCUCUCUCCACCUGGGACCAAGGAACAAAAUGACUCUACAUGACACAGGGAGCGGCCUGGCUUGCCAGCUUUACUCAAGCAUUCCAGGAGCAAGAGACAGCAACUACACCACCGCCAAUCGCUCCCGUUUUUCCCGUUUAAGAAAAAAGGCUGCCAGGUCAAUAGGAACUGGCACAAAGUGGGGGGGGGGGGGCCCAUAAUGGGGA